AUGGCUCCCCAAACACUCACAACUCAACCUCCCCCUCCCAAGCGACGCCGCAUUGGUGUCCUCACCUCCGGAGGAGAUGCCCCCGGUAUGAACGGUGUAGUACGAGCGGUGGUCCGCAUGGCCAUCCACUCCGACUGCGAAGCCUACGCCGUCUACGAAGGAUACGAAGGUCUGGUGGAAGGCGGAGAUAUGAUCAGACAGCUGAACUGGGAGGAUGUCCGUGGAUUCCUUUCUCAGGGUGGUACUUUGAUCGGAUCUGCUCGAUGCAUGUCCUUCCGCGAGAGGCCUGGCCGUCUCCGCGCCGCCAAGAACAUGAUCAUGCGCGGAAUCGACGCAUUGGUCGUCUGCGGUGGUGACGGUAGUUUGACCGGUGCCGACGUCUUCCGCUCCGAAUGGCCCGGCCUCGUGGAGGAGCUGGUGAAGAAGGGAGAAUUGACCUCAGAACAGGUCGCGCCGUACAAGGUGUUGAACAUUGUCGGUCUUGUGGGAUCCAUUGACAACGACAUGUCCGGUACAGACGCCACCAUUGGUUGCUACUCAUCUUUGACCCGUAUCUGUGACGCUGUCGACGACGUCUUUGACACUGCAUUUUCUCACCAGCGAGGUUUCGUUAUCGAGGUUAUGGGCCGCCACUGCGGUUGGUUGGCUCUGAUGGCCGCCAUCAGCACGGGUGCAGACUGGCUCUUCAUUCCCGAGAUGCCUCCGAAGGACGGCUGGGAGGAUGUUAUGUGCGCGAACAUUACAAAGGUGAAAUCCCAAAAUCUUUUUGAAGUACGAAAUGCUAACUCGUUGCAGAACCGUCGGGAACGGGGCAAGCGCCGAACUAUUGUCAUCAUUGCCGAAGGAGCGCAGGACCGCCAGCUCAACAAGAUCACCAGCGACCGGGUCAAGGACAUCCUUACCGAGCGCCUCGGACUCGACACCCGUACUACGAUUCUUGGACACACCCAAAGAGGAGGUGCUGCCUGCGCUUAUGAUCGGUGGCUGGCGACGUUGCAGGGUGUCGAGGCGGUCCGCGCCGUGUUGGACAUGAAGCCGGACACUCCCUCCCCGGUUAUCACCAUCCGCGAGAACAAGAUCCUGCGCACACCCUUGAUGGAUGCCGUCAAGGCCACGCAGGAAGUUACUCAGCACAUCAAGAACAGAGACUUUGAGAAGGCCAUGUUGCUGCGCGACUCGGAAUUCAAAGAGUACCACUUUGCCUACCUCAAGACCGCCACACCCGACCACCCCAAGCUUUCUCUGCCUGAAGGAAAGAGAAUGCGUAUCGCCAUCGUCCACGUUGGCGCCCCCGCCGGAGGCAUGAACCAAGCCACUCGGGCAGCGGUAGCCUACUGCCUCACCCGCGGCCACACCCCGUAUGCCAUUCACAACGGUUUCCCCGGCUUAAUCCGUCACCACGCCGAUGAACCCAUCAGCUCUGUCCGCGAGGUCAAGUGGCAAGAAACCGACGCAUGGGUUAACGAAGGCGGCUCAGACAUCGGCACAAACCGCGGACUCCCCUCAGAAGACUUCGACGCAACAGCCAGGUGCUUUGAGAAGCACAAGUUCGACGCCCUCUUCGUAGUCGGUGGCUUCGAAGCCUUCACAGCAGUCUCUCAACUCCGCCAAGCCCGCGACAAAUACAACGCCUUCAAAAUCCCCAUGGUCGUCCUCCCCGCCACCAUCUCCAACAACGUCCCCGGCACAGAAUACUCCCUCGGAAGCGACACCUGUCUCAACGCCCUCGUCGAAUUCUGCGACACAAUCCGCCAAUCCGCCUCCUCCUCCCGCCGCCGCGUCUUCGUCAUCGAAACCCAAGGCGGUAAAUCCGGCUACAUCGCCACAACCGCCGGUCUCGCCGUCGGCGCUGUGGCAGUGUACAUCCCCGAAGAGGGCAUCGACAUCAAGAUGCUAGCCCGAGACAUCGACUUCCUCCGCGACAACUUCGCCCGCGACAAGGGCGCCAACCGCGCCGGAAAGAUCAUCAUGCGCAACGAGACCGCGUCCCCCACAUACACGACGCAAGUCAUCGCCGACAUGAUUAAAGAAGAAGCCAAGGGCCGCUUUGAGUCCCGCGCCGCUGUCCCCGGCCACUUCCAGCAGGGCGGCAAGCCCAGUCCGAUGGACCGCAUCCGCGCCCUGCGCAUGGCCAUCAAGUGCAUGAUGCACCUGGAGAGCUACGCCGGCAAGAGCGGCGACGAGAUCGCCGCGGACGAGAUGUCGGCUACGGUGAUCGGCAUCAAGGGCUCGCAGGUCCUGUUUUCCGUGAUGGGCGGCGAGAACGGGCUUGAGAAGGUGGAGACGGACUGGGCGCGGCGCCGCCCCAAGGCCGAGUUCUGGCUGCAGCUGCAGGAUACGGUGAAUAUUUUGAGUGGAAGGGCGGGCGCGAAGGCGCUGUGGACUGGGUAUGAGGAGGAGGGUCGGACGCAGCCUUCGACUCCGGCGCAUCUGACUUAA